AUGGAAUUUGAGCCAGAUAAUCGGGCAGGCAACUCUUUUCGACAAAGUCUGGCUUUUAUUUGCAAAUCGUCCAAAAGUCUGGUGAGUUUCUUGUUAAUUAACUCGACGAAGAAAGAGAGAAAGGCUGUUUUCGGCCUUUCGGUGGGGUGUGUGCUGGAAACAGGACCGGGUUCGCAACGGACCAAUCACAGCACAGAACGAUAUGACUGGAGAUUGAAAAAAAACCCUCUUUUUCUCGGCAAUUUGUGCGGUUUGAAACCGGAUGGGCUUGGGCUACGAAAUGCAGGAGAUGUUGAACAGAACGAAUAUAAUCUGGUUUACAUCCGGCCGGAAUGCAAAAAUCUGGACGAGCAGACGAGAAAAUGGCCCCAAUCACGAGGCUAUGGGCCGAUUUGGCGAGUGAUGAUGCAAGCGCCCGAGAUUGUCUCAGCCGUUAUCGUGAGACUGAUUGCUUGCUGA